UCUUUAUAUAGAGUUGAGAUUUCUGGUCUCUGAGCUGUCAGUUCACUUCACAUCAGAUCAGACUGGCUGGAAGAAUCUGAGUCAAGUGGCAUCUUCUGAACUGAACUGAGCUGAGCUGCGGAGGAAAUGAAAGUCGAACAGGAAAACUGGGAAAUCAUCUACGAUCAUGUCUGCCCUAUGGAUCUCGGGUUAUUCCAGGCUCUGGAGAGAGAAAGAGUCCUGGAGGUUCUUCAGAGAGACAAAGCACUUCGAACCAUUGAAGCAGACAGAAUCAGGAGGCUGAAGGUAGAACUUCAAGGUAUCUGUCGACAGAGUGCCGAGUUCAACACGCUUGCCUAUGGUCAGAGAUCAUGUGCGCGAUGUCAGCGGCCUCUGGGAAAGUUCUGGGACUGUGGCACGGUGUGCUGUGGGUGCAGCCAUCUCAUCUGCAAACACUGUCGGGUCGUCCGGUCAGCACAGGAAUGGAGGUGCACCAUGUGUCAUGCAUACAGGGAAUUUAAGAUCAAAUCUGGUGAAUGGUUUCUGGAGCAGCAAGCAAAGAAAUAUCCGGAUGGUAGAGAAAGCAGUUAUGAAACCAUCGGAGACAAACUAUUACAGUCUUAUCAACGGCUCAGCUUUAUUGCAGUCGUGCCUCCAACUCCUCCUCCUGUUUAUGAAGCCCCUUCACAAAACAGACUGAUUUAUUUAACAGAACAGGACCUCAAAACAUCAAAGCCAUUUACUAAAUCUGUGGAGAACCUGAUGGUGUCUGUCAGUGCUCAUUUAAAAAAGUUCUCCAAAUCUCAGAAUGAUCUGAGUGUAGAAGCAGGUCAGCUGACUGUGGAUCACGGACUCCUGCAGAACUCCAGACACAAGAGCCGAUCAGAGAGUGCCCUCAACACAACCAAUCUGUGCAAAGCACCAAGUCUACCCAAUCUAUCCCAGAACAGAAGAGGCACGGAGCAGUACGCUUCAACGAGCACACUUUACCUGACAGAUGACGACGCUUCAUAUACAUCUGCAUGCAGCGAUGAGCAGAGGGACAGCAACAGUAGCACAGGACUGGAUUGUGGGAUCACUGAAAACACUUGUGUGACGGGAGAAGUAGAGGUUGCCUUUGGUUAUAAUAACAGGACGUCCUGUUUGGAGAUAACUGUCAAAGCCUGCAAAAAUCUGAUGUUUGGAGACAUGAAGAAGAAAUGCCAUCCAUAUGCAAAGGUCUGUUUGCUUCCAAAGAAAAACCAUAAUUAUGAGAUGAAGACAGCAGUCAAGAGAGGAAAUAACCCUGUUUACAAUGAAACCUUAACUUGUGAGGUUGCUGCUGAGCAGCUGGGCAGCUGUGUCGUUCAGGUGUCAGUGUGGCACUCCAGAGGACUCAAGCGGAAGCUCUUUCUGGGCGAGACACACAUCUGUCUGGCAGACUUGUGUCUGGAGAGCACAGACACUCAGCGCUCGGUCUGCUACGAACUCGGUCCAAAGGGUCAUCCACUGGGUGGCGAUGUGGAGCUUCUGCUGAAAGCUCAAUUCCAGUUCCUGCCUCAGACUUACCCACAUACAGCCGACGUUUUGAUUGGAGCAGCAGGACAGCUCAAAGUUGUCAUCACUGACGUGUCGAAGCUCCUCUCUCUGUCAAAAGCAGCUUACAUUGAAGGAAUCCUUAGCAUUCCUGGAGAUCGAGAGCUGGUGCAGAGAAGUCCAGUGCUGAAGAAGACUACUGGUUCUGUCCAGAUGAACUUCAGCAGAUUGACACGUCAGGCGCUCCAGCAGGCCACGCUGCAGCUCAACCUGUGGGAGAAGAACACCUUCAGCCUCGCCAACCGUUUACUGAGAACAGCACGACUGGACAGAGAAUCAUCAUGGCAACGCCUGCAGCAGAUGCCAGGAGAGUGGCAUGACUUCGUUCUUCCACUUCAUGCUCAUGUCAGCACAAGCAUGAGGUCAUAACUGAGUAACGUGGAUCCUUUCCAUCAACCCACAGAUCCUGGAAAGUGACAGUUGUGCUUUACAAGCUUACGAAGAACCAGAAUCCUGACAACGAAUGCCCG